GAGGAGCUGUCAAGCUUUGCUCCUCCCCCACCACUAAAAACAGCGCAAAGCCGACGUUUGCGGGGCAGUGAGCGCAGACAUACACAGCGCGAAGAGCCCCCAGGUCGACGGGACUGUGCCUGUCCGUCAGCCAGCCAGCCAGAUAGACAGACAGACUUCGCUGCUCAUUUUCGAUGGACCCCUGACAGUUUUAACUGUCGCCCCCCUUGCAACAAGCAGGAUUCGUUUUGAGUUGUUUUCUUAUGCGGGGUACGGCUCGCUGAGAAAGAUUCGCUCUGUGCGCCUGAUUCAGCGGAAGGAUGAGGAGGUUAACGAACACCAUCGCCUGCAUUCUGAUCCUCGUAACAGGAGGAGUCCGGGCGAACAGCAAGGUGUUCGGCGAAGUGGACCAGGUGAGGAUGACUUCAGAAGGCUCCGACUGCCGCUGCAAGUGCAUCAUGAGGCCCCUGAGCCGGGACGCCUGCAGUCGAGUCAAGGACGGGAGCAUGCGAGUGGAAGACUUCUACACGGUGGAGACGGUCAGCUCCGGCUCGGACUGCAAGUGCUCGUGCACCGCUCCGCCAUCGUCGCUUAACCCGUGCGAGAACGAGUGGAAGAUGGAGAAGCUGAAGAAACAGGCGCCGGAGCUUCUCAAGCUGCAGUCGAUCGUGGAGGUGCUGGAGGGGACGCUGUACAGCAUGGACAUGAUGAAGGUGCACUCCUACAUCAACAAGGUCGUCUCUCAGAUGAACACGUUGGAAGAGACCAUAAAGACCAACCUAACAAGAGAGAAUGAAUUUAUGAAAGACAGCGUGAUUAACCUCACCAACCAGCUGAAGCGCUACGAGAACUACUCGGACAUCAUGAUGGGCAUUAAGAAGGAGAUCUCCAACCUGGGACUGCAGCUGCUGCAGAAGGACGCUGCGGCCAUCCCGGACAGCAAAGUGCAGGACACGGCGGGCGGGAAGACGAAAGACACCAAUAAAUACGUCAACAAGAAGGCGCCGCCACCCAAACCGGUGAAGGAGAAACCCAUCAAGCCUAAGAAGGAAAGCGUGAAACCCGUGAAGCCCACUGCCAAGGCCAAGGCCGCUGGCCACCAGCCUGGAGUCAUCAGGGGCAUCACGUACUACAAAGCAGGGCACACGGACAACGCCGAGAGCAACGUCAGCAGUAAAGAAAAUAUCGUAAAGACUCCAAUCCGCACUGAAGUACAAGCGGUCCAAUCAGAAGAGCAACCAAUGAUGCCUGAAACAUCCGCGUUUCUAACUCUGGACGCCACAGAAGCAAGCAUGGAGACCACGACCAGCAGCUCCACAUCCCCGCCAACCACCAUGGUGAGCAGCACCACCACCACCACCAGCACCACCACCACCACCACUACCAGCGCCUCGACUACCACCACGGCUGAGAAUCUACCAGCAACGGUCAUGAUCGUCAUUGAUAAUCUGGACAGUGCUAAUGCCUCGGCCAACAAAGUGCUUAAAGAUGGUGAUUGUGAAGGUACAAUUUCAUCCAUUGAGGCCCCAGAGAAGCAGCACAGUUAUGGACGAAAUGAAGGGGCCUGGAUGAAAGAUCCGGUGGCCAAAGACGGGAAGAUCUACGUUACGAAUUACUACUAUGGGAACAAUCUGGUCGAGUUCAGGAAUUUAGACAACUUCAAGCAAGGUCGAUGGAGCAACUUAUACAAGCUUCCAUAUAACUGGAUCGGGACGGGUCACGUAGUCUACAAUGGUGCCUUCUACUACAACAGGGCUUUCACUAAAAACAUCAUAAAGUACGACCUGAAAAUGAGGUAUGUCGCCGCUUGGACCCUUCUGCACGAUGUGGUGUAUGAAGACACCACCCCUUGGAAAUGGAGGGGCCACUCGGAUAUCGAUUUUGCUGUCGACGAAAGUGGACUUUGGGUGAUCUAUCCAGCCAUCGACUAUGAUUACAGUCAGCAAGAAAUCAUAGUGAUCAGCAAGCUGGACCCAGGAGACCUUUCUAUUAAGAAGGAGAGCACCUGGAAGACGGGCCUGAAGCGGAACUCGUAUGGCAACUGCUUCAUUGUCUGUGGAGUGCUCUACGCCGUGGAUGUCUACAACCAGAAGGAGGGCCAGGUGUCCUAUGCGUACGACACCCACACCAACACCGAAGCCACCCCCAGGCUGCCAUUCACCAACGAGUACGCAUUCACCACCCAAAUCGACUACAACCCCAAGGAGAAGGUCCUUUACGCCUGGGACAACGGACACCAACUGACGUACAAAAUUAACUUUGUCCAGUAGUUUGACAAGCCCCUCCUCCUGCUCCUCAUCUGUCCUAUGACAAAGCACUUUUCACAUUUUUUUUUUAUGCUACGAUGAAAAGAAUCACUUCUGCACUUCGACUCGUCAGAUUCUUAAAGCAGUUAUGACUUGAAAUUAUCUAAGCCUAACUAAAUUUACACUGUAAUAUUAUUAUUAUUAUUAUUAUUAUUAUUAAAGUUUUUCUUUAAAAUUUGAAACACAAGCUAAGGCAGUUUCUCUCUUUUUCUGGACAUUAGCUUCCAAAAAGAUGAGAAUGAGCAAAGAUGUUCACAUUUCCUUAACUGGCUUCCAGCACUCCGGAGUGUUCCAAAAUCUGGAGGUGGAAAUCCAUUCACGCGCAGUGAGGAAGAGAAAAGGACGAUUCUCCAGUUUGUCCUUGGAAUUCUUUGUACAGAGCUUUAUGAACUCGCCUUUUUACAUCUUAUAUACUGUAGUACAUAGGCAUGGAGAAGUUGUAAAAAUCAUCUUGAAAGCCAUUUUGAUAUGAAAUUUAAAAGUAAGUCUCAAAAUAUAAUUUAUGCGUUUUUUCUACAUUAGUUAAAAAAAAAAAAUGCUGUUAUGCAUUAAAAGAGUAUAAAGUCCAGUUAUACCUCUGUGUUACAGCUUAUGCAGUAUGGUCUGUUUUCAAACUCUGUAAAUGUUUAAGACAUAAGAGAGGAAUGUUUAAUGUAAAAAUGAUUAAAUGUACAUGUAGAGUUUGAUAAUUUA